ACUCAAAUAACCAACCAAAAUUUCAACUUUUUUUUUUCAAUUUUUAAAGGACACCCUAACCAACCACUGUAUCCUCUUCUCUUCUUAGCCUCUCUCCCUUGUCCCAUAAAAUCCCCUUUUCUAAACCUUUACCCAUUUCUUUCCCUUUCAUAGCAGCCUCAAAGAACCAUGAAGCUCAAAAACAAAGGUAAGGUAUACCCAUCUCCUUCUUCUUCAUCUUCUUCUUAUUCUUCUUCUGGGGAAGACUACCUUUCCAUUUUGAAACUUCUACCAGCUGCCAUUUUGGCUCUUGCUUCAGUCCUUUCUCUCGAGGAUCGAGAAGUUUUAGCUUACAUGAUAACCAGGUCCCUCAAAACCACCACCACCAACUCUUCUUUAAUCUCUCAAGAUUAUUCUUCCAAGAAAAGAUCUUCCAAGAAGCCACCAUCAACCUCCGCCAAUCUGACCCAAAAGAGUGGCGCUGCCUCCCAUAAGCCACCCGUUUUCGAUUGCGAAUGUUUUGAUUGUUACACGAGUUAUUGGUUUCGCUGGGACUCUUCUCUAAACCGUGAGCUUAUCCAUCAAGUUAUUGAAGCUUUUGAAGAUCAUUUAACCAACGGGGAAGCCAAGAAACCUUCGAAGAAAAAAAGCCGGCCCCAAAGAAGGGAUGGUAGCGGCAAAACGGCCACUCAGGUCCCCGAUACUCCGGUUGUUGACGUUCUGCGUCAGCCCGACUAUGAAGCUCCUGUCUUGGAGAGUUCCACCGAGGAAGCCCCGGUUUUUACUGAUGACGUCAUUUCAACGGGUAACGAUGUUAACGAAGAGGUAGCUGAAGUGGCAGAAGUGACCGAAGAGCUUCCCGUAGCGGAGGAUACUGAUGAGGAAGUACGGACAGCGGCAGCGGCGGCGGCGGCGGCGGCGACGACAACAAGUAACCACAAGGGUUUGGCUAGGAAGGUGUUACCGGACGUGUUAGGAUUAUUCAAUUCUCGUUUAUGGGGUCUUUGGAAUCCAAAUGUGUAAUUUUUAGUUGUUCUUCCCUUUUGGGGAAUUUUUCUAGACUUUAAAAAUGAGAAAAAUUAUAUUAUUAAAAUUUUUUUUCGGUGGUGUCAGGUAUACAUCGGUGCCCGAAUCCCUUCCUUUAAUGGCAUUUCUUUUCUUUUUAUUUGUAUUUCUACUGUGCCGGCGACAAGUCAUUUUCCAGGUAAGAAAAAAAAUUGUUUAUAAUUUGCUUCUCUUUUCA